AUGUAUUCUUUGCUGAGAAAACGAGUCGCGCAAGUAUUGUGGCAAUCGUCACCCACCAACAUCCGAACGAUGGCUACGCAAACCCCGGCACGUAUUGCCGUUGCGCAAAUGCGCUCCACCAACGAUAAGCAACACAACUUUGCCCAGAUCCAAACCAUCACCGAACGGGCAAAGGCCAACGAUGUGCAGUUUAUCUUCUUUCCAGAGUGCUGCGAUUACGUUGGAACCCAUCGGGACGAAACGCUGAAACUGUCGGAACCUCUUACGGGCCCGACGGUACAACGGUACCGAGCGCUGGCACGGGAACAAAACGUAUGGCUUUCGUUCGGUGGCGUGCACGAAAGCAUCAUCGAGGAAACGGAAUCGGGACAGCAGGUGAAGAAUAUCUACAACACUCACAUACUGAUCAACAAUGUCGGCGAGCUGGUGGCAAGCUAUCGCAAGCUGCACAUGUUCAACGUGAUUACACCGGAAUUUAAAUUCCGUGAGUCGGAAACAGUCCGAUCGGGUCCGGCAUUGAUACCGCCGGUUGACACACCCAUCGGACGGAUAGGUUUGCAGAUUUGCUAUGAUAUGCGUUUUGCCGAAGCGAGCACGCUUUUGCGGAAACAAGGUGCCGAAAUCCUCACCUAUCCUUCAGCCUUCGCUGUGUCGACCGGACGAGCUCACUGGGAGGUACUGCUGCGGGCAAGGGCGAUCGAAAACCAAUGCUUCGUAAUUGCCGCCGCUCAAAUUGGAUUCCACAACAAGAAGCGAGAGAGCUAUGGCCACGCAAUGGUAGUUAAUCCAUGGGGAACCAUCCUAGGAGAAGCCAACGAUCAGGAUCUGGAUGUCGUCGUUGCGGAGUUGGACUUUGCCAAGCUGCAAAGUGUGCGCGCCAAUAUGCCAUGUUUCGAGCACCGGAGGGACGAUGUUUACAACCUUUCGACGCGAGCAGGCCUUCCGUACGCCAGUGGUGCUACAGCUAAAGAAAAUUUCUCGUUCGGAGGUAUAGAAAUUCCUCCUGAAACGAUAUUCUACGUAUCGGAACACUGUUUCGCUUUCACCAACAUUCGCUGUGUUGUGCCCGGACAUGUUCUAGUUUCAACGAAACGUGUCGCCGCUCGGCUGCCGGAUCUCAGCCCGGCGGAAAUAAACGAUUUCUUCCAGACCGUAUGCAAGGUGGAAAAGGUGGCAGAGCGGCUGUACGAUGCCACUUCGUCCACCGUGACGGUACAGGACGGCCCGGACGCGGGACAGACCGUUUUCCACGUGCACUGUCAUGUGAUGCCGCGCCAUGUUGGGGACUUUCCCGAGAAUGAUCAAAUCUAUGGUGAGUUGAACCGACACGAUAAGGAACCGGAACGGCCGCGACGACCCGUCGCAGAAAUGGCUGCAGAAGCAAUCCGCUUUCGGGAGGAAAUGUCACGAUUGGGAUUGUGAGUGUGAUAAACUGUGCAAGGUGGUAUGAUUUUCCAAUAAAACGGGACACAAAUUAGGCUUAAGCGAUGCA